ACACAGAAAUGCAAGGAUAACCUUUAACCCGGAAGCAUUCUCCCGGUGAACUGAUGUUUUGCUUCGGCUACAAUUGAUGUGAAAGGGUGAGGCUGGUGAGGGCUGGAGGGACGCUCUAUUUUUAGUAUGGCUGCUCCUAGUAGCACACUGACAUGAUGCUACAGCUUCACUGAAAGGCCAGAUGCAUCAUGGGAAACAAAGCCAUCCUAGAAGAUGUAUUUGUUGCUGUGAUUCGCCCCAAGAAUGCUGCCAGCCUUAACUCAAAGGAAUAUAGAGCCAAGGCAUAUGAAAUUCUUCUUUUAGAAAUACCUUUAGAAGGAAAAGAGAAAAAAAGAAAAAAAGUUUUAAUGACAACCAAAGUUCAAGGGGAUUCGGAUUUCUUCAAAGUUAUUUUGGAAUAUGUUGAUGAGAUGACCAGACCCAUAUCGACAAACAAUCAAGGUUUCAAAGGCAAACGUGUGGUUCACAUGAAGAACUUCUCCCUGGAUGGAGAAGUUGCUGGAAAAGAGGUCCCACUGUUCGUUGUGCCUGUUACAGUCAAAGAUAACAGCAAGACGGUGUUUUGUCCCGGAAGUCCUAGUUUCUACUGUUUGCAAGACAUUAUGAGAGUCUGCAGUGAAACAAGCACUCAUUUUUCUACUAUUACCGCCAGAAUGUUAAUUGCACUAGACAAGUGGUUGGCAGAGCAGCAUGCUGUAUCUCAUGCUAUACCAGCACUCUUCAGACCAUCACCUGCUGAAAGAGUCAAAACAAAUGUAACAAAUCCGGCAUAUACCAAUGAAACGAGUCAAUCAGAGGGCAUAUUGCACAUGGGAUAUACCGCUCUAGAGAUCAAGAGUAAGAUGAUGUCUUUGGAGAAAGCAGACAUGUGCGUAUUCAACCCCCUCUAUGGAUCUGAUCUCCAGUACACAAAUAGAGUGGACAAGGUUGUUAUAAAUCCAUAUUUUGGUCUUGGUGCCCCUGACUAUUCAAAGAUUCAAAUUCCAAAAAGGGAGAAAUGGCAGCGCAGCAUGAGCAGUGUUAGUGAAGACAAAGAACGCCAGUGGGUGGAUGAUUUCCCACUGCAUCGCAGUGCCUGUGAAGGUGAUGUUGAAUUGCUUACAAAGCUUCUAGACAGUAACGUUUCUGUAAAUCAGCUGGACAGUGAUCACUGGGCUCCUAUUCAUUAUGCAUGUUGGUAUGGAAAGGCUGAGGCAACCCGACUAUUACUGGAGAAGGGCAAAUGUAAUCCAAACCUCUUGAAUGGACAGUUGAGUUCGCCACUUCAUUUUGCUGCUCGAGGAGGGCACUCUGAAAUUGUACAGCUACUUUUACAACACCCUGAAACUGACAGACAUAUUACUGAUCAGCAAGGAAGAUCGCCUUUGCAGCUCUGUGAAGAAAGUAAACAAAAUGAUUGGGAGGCAACAGUCCUGUUACUGCAACAAGCCAAUAAUAAACCAUAUGAAAAGAUAAGAAUUUACCGUAUGGAUGGCUCCUACCGUUCAGUAGAACUAAAGCAUGGUAACAAUACAACUGUGCAACAGAUAAUGGAAGGCAUGAGGUUAUCUCAGGAGACACAGCAGUACUUCACCAUUUGGAUCUGCUCAGAAAACCUCAGUCUUCAACUAAAACCAUAUCACAAACCCCUGCAGCAUUUGCGGGACUGGCCAGAAAUAGUAUCUGAGCUUACGGCUUUUGACCCUCAACGUGAAACUCCACAGCUGUUUCUACGAAGAGAUGUGAGACUACCACUGGAUGUUGAAAAAAAGGUGGAGGAUCCUCUUUCAAUUCUCAUCUUGUUUGAUGAAGCUCGACACAGUCUUCUGAAAGGCUUCUUUCCAUCAACGGAUAGCAAACUUAUAACACUGGCCAGCCUUUUGUUACAGAUCGUGUAUGGCAAUUAUGAAAGCAAAAAGCACAAGCAAGGAUUCCUAAAUGAAGAAAAUCUGAAAUCUAUUGUCCCAAUCACCAAGCUCAAAAGCAAAGCACCACACUGGACUAAUAGAAUUCUUCAUGAAUAUAAGAGCCUUAGUACCAGUGAGGGAGUUAGUAAGGAGAUGCAUCAUUUACAGCGACUAUUUCUUCAAAACUGCUGGGAUAUUCCAACAUAUGGAGCUGCCUUUUUCACAGGGCAGGUGUUUACAAAAGCUAGCUCUAGCAAUCACAAAGUAAUAAGAGUUUAUGUGGGAGUCAAUACUAAGGGACUGCAUCUCAUGAACACAGAAACCAAGGCAUUGCUCAUUUCUCUUAAGUACGGGUCCUUCAUGUGGCAGCUGGGAGAAGCAGAUCACUAUUUUCAAAUUCACAGCUUGGAAAACAAGAUGAGCUUUAUAGUCCAUACCAAACAGGCUGGACUUAUUGUAAAGCUCCUGAUGAAGCUAAGUGGACAAAUGACUCCAAAUGAAAGAAGUAUCACGGAAAAAUACGCAUAUGGAUAACAGGCAUCUUCGUUUUACUGAUUGUACAAUUUUUAAUUACUGUUUUUUUUAUUUGUUUUUAUUCAUGAUGUAAAUAGUGCAAAGAGUUGAAUUUUUAAUCUAAAUCCAUUUCUCCCAGUUACCAUUACACAGAUCCAAGCCCAUCUACUCACCGCUCAUGUACUCCUCUUUAUGCAGCUUCUUUUGAAUCCCUGUCACAUCAGAAUGGCUCUUGAGGUCUCUUUGUGCACCAACCAAAAAAGAAACCAGAAUGUGCAUUUUUUUUUAAUUUCACAACAGCCAAAGAAGAAACUACGCCAGCUUCAAAGUAUACAGAAAGCAGUUCAAUAGCCUUUUUUCUACGACUAUCAAACUGUACCAGGCUGUAUUGCUGACGUGAUACUGCAUACGCAACUGCAAACAUUUUGGAUCUUCAACAUAAAUUCUGUACACAUUGUUCUUUUAUAGGACAGUGCUCUGCAUAUGCACUAUAUGGCCAAAAGUAUGUGGACCCCCUCCAAAUGAUUGAGUUUGGGUGUUUCAGCCCCACUCAUUCUUAACACUAGAAUUACCAGAGUCUAUGAAAAAACUUGUAGAUCUGGCCCACCUUAAAACCGUUCUCACUUCUCCGCCAGCGUCUUUUGUCUUCUAAAUGUGCCGAUUAAGACGAGCAGCAAGCAGCCGGCUAUUCCAUCCCCCACCGUCACAGAACGUUCACUAAGUUCUCCCAGCUCAUGCCUUGUUUGAUUAUCUGGGAGUGACUGCUGGAGUUUUAGAGUGGAAAUAAUAGAUCGCUAUUUGGAACACACGCAUUUGAUGUGUGUUCCAUUUCUACAGUAAUCUGUGUAAACACAUUUUUAAAACAAACUUUUUCAUAUUUUAGUAAUAAAUGUUACAAAAUGUAGGCAUAAACUAUACAAUGUGUGAAACCUGAAGUCCAAAGAUCAAAUAAACACUUUCACAAAAGGUUCAAGAACAGUACAACACCUUCUGUGGCGUAACGCUAAGAUUUGCUGACUCAGAGCGCAGCAACCCUAGUGUGCCUCAGAGACCAGAGUUCGAUUCCCAGCUGGGGAGAAAGUGUUGUUUUUUUUUUUUUUUCUUUUUAACCUCAAAGGAACAUAACGAUUUACAGUGCAUACCAAUUUAUAAAUUUUAAGUUUAAAAUGUCGAUCGCGACAUUUCAGCUUCUGAUCCGACUCUAACAGCGGCAGUAUAAAUUCUCACCCGAUCUAACGCUAUUCGUUUAAAAAAUAAUAUUGCAUAAUAGCGCAUCUUUAUGUGAAAAUAGCAGUAUCAGAUGGGGAGUGUCUGAUGAUUUCAUAUAGCGCUGAAGUCACUGCUCUUUACUAUGCUUUCCUCUGCAUGUCCUGGAGUUCAAAAUAAACAGUGGUAGUAUGUAUCGUGAUACACUGCAGAGCUAUAGCUCCUUUUUAUGUGAAAAUAGCAAUGUUAGAUGGGGAGGGAAGGGGAAGGAUCCUGAACGUGACUGAGAGAAUGAAAAGUGAAUAAAAAAAACAAAAAAACAAAGCUAACCUUUACAAGUAUCAUAACUUACACAGGCUGUUACAGACUGAAAUCAAAUGUAUGUUUUUAUUCUAAAAUAGUAAGAAUAAGAGCAGUUCACUUCUCAAAAGGGAGUUGUGCAGGAUCGAACUCGUGACCUUUCGAUUCCCAGUCAGCAGCUGAUACUGCAGUAAUAGUAAAUGUGUGUCAGUGUCACAUGAAUGCAUGCUUCCUGCAGUUAUUUUUGAAUAAAAGCGCACUUGUUCUGUUAUAUUUGUAUCUUUUAUGAAAGCGUUUCUUUGAUAUUUGGACUUCAGGCUUCAUACAUUAUAUAGUUUAUGCCUACAUUUUGUCAUUUACUACUAGAAUAUGAAAAAUGUUUGUUUUAAAAAUGUGUUUACACAGAUUACUGUAGAAACUGAACACACAUGAAAUGCGUGUGUUCCAAAUAACGAUCUAUUAUUUCCACUCUAAAACUCCACUUCACUCCCAGUCAAUCAAUCAAGGCAUGAGCUGGGAGAAGUUCGUGCACGUUCUAAGUUAGUGGGGGGAUGGAAUAGCCGGCUGCUUGCAGCUUGUGUUUAUCUGCAAAUUUAGAGGACAAGACGCUGGCGGAGAGGUGCGAACGGAUUUAAGAAGCGAUUUAAGGUGGGACGGAUCUACAAGUUUUUUCGUAUGCUCUGGUAAUUCUAGUGUUAAUCGGUGCAUAAACUUAAGAGCAUGGCCACGCCAUCUCCAUUGACAAACACUGGCAGUGGACCGAAGAGCCCUUUAAAUGUGGCACUGUCAUACGAUGCCUUUUUGUCACAACUCUGUACGUGAAAUGUCUGCUCUGCCAGAUCUGUCCUGGUCAGCAAGUGGAAACCUCUAGAAGCAACACCAGCUCAUCCACAGAGUGGGCUGGCUGAUUGCUCGCUAGGUCUUGACAUCCAACAUCAGUACCUCACCUCACAAGUGUUCUUUUGGCUGAAAUGUCCACAAACCCACCCAAACAUUUUGUGGAAAGCAUUCCCAGAAAAGUGGAGGCUGUUAUAGCUGCAAAUGGGAGGCCAACUCCAUGUCAGUGCCACUAGUUUUGGAAUGGCACAUCCAACAAGAUCACAUAGGUGUGUGAAGGUCAGUGGACCCAAAACUUCUGGCCAUAUAGUGUACCUGUAAAUAUAAAUUGUUAGCUAUAUAUUUAUAAAUAAACUGUAAUUGUAUUUUCA